AUGAUUACGGCUGGAGAAAGAUUCUGUGGAGAAUAUUGGUCAAAGUUGAGAGUAAAAGACCCGUCACUUGAAGAAGAGGAUCUUCUUCGGUAUUGUUUCUCAUCGGCAUACAUUGUAUCAUUGCUUCACGAUACUCUCGGUGUUCCUCUUGAUGAUGAAAGAGUCGGGUUUGCGAAUCAAGCAGGAGAUGAUAUACCUCUCGACUGGGCUUUAGGUGCAUUCAUCUUACAAACUGAAGCAUCAAUCUCGCAGCACGCAUCCUCUAGUCAUCUCCAUUGGUUCUAUGCUCUGUUUGGUCACGACUCUCGGACGCUUCUAUAUUUCAUCGGGGUACCAAUCAUCAUGACAGUUUUGGUAUGUUUGAUAUCUAAGUGGAGAAAACCGCAGCUGAAAACGAUUUACGACCUUGAGAAAGGUCGAUACAUAGUCAGCCGCCUUAGAUGA